AAUGCUACUUCAGUUUACAAUCCAUCAGUGGAGAAAGGACGCCCUGUCUUACAAAGUCUUUUAGCAACUGAUUUCCUGGUCAAAGAGGUGCUUUGCUGGGCUCAGUUAAUCCCAAAGUACACAAGUGAACUAGUCGAAUAUGUGCAGACUUUCCUGGAGCGCGCACAUGAAAGAUGCCGGACAUCAUACAUGGAGGCUGUUCUAGAAAAACAGAGUCACAUGCUGAUUGGAAGGAAUGACUUUGAGAGCCUAAUGCGACUCGAUCCAGCUAGUGCUUGCUUGAGUUCUGGACAGGUGGCUUUUAGGAGCAAUGUUGCAGAUUCUGAUUCAGUUGAAGUGGAAACAGAAAUAAGUGAUCUAUUACUGACUUUUUCGCCAAUUAAGCAGGAGAAUUUAAUUCGAGAUGACACAAAACUAAUUCUGUUGGCAUCGCUCAGUGAUUCUUUGGAAUACUUAGCAGAUUCUGUUGAUAGGCUUGGACAAUCCUUUGUCAAACCAACCACUCGAGCAAAUGAUAGGAAACAUUCUCAUGCUCAUCAUGCACGAACCACAAGUGCACUCAGUAAAGAUCUCAUAUCUCUUGCUGAUGAAUACCGAAGACUUGCAGGUGAUUGUCUAAAGGUUCUUCGCGUGGAAAUGCAAUUGGAGACAAUUUUCCACAUGCAGGAAAUGACUAACAGAGAAUACAUGGAAGAUCAAGAUGCGGAAGAACCUGAUGAUUUUGUUAUCACACUUACUGCACAGAUAACACGCCGUGAUGAGGAAAUGGCACCAUUUGUUUCAGAACAAAAAAGGAACUACAUAUUUGGAGGAAUAUGUAGUGUUGCAGCCAAUACAACAAUCAAGGCUUUGGCAGAAAUGAAAUCCAUUAACCUCUUGGGAGUUCAACAGAUAUGCAGAAAUACUAUUGCACUUGAACAGGCUCUGGCGGCCAUACCGUCAAUAGACAACGAAGCAGUCCAGCAGAGGCUAGAUCGUGUGCGGACAUACUACGAGCUCUUAAAUUUGCCAUUCGAGGCUUUACUAGCUUUCAUCACAGAACAUGAGUAUUCAUUUACACCAAAAGAGUAUUCAAGUCUGUUAAAGAUUAAGGUUCCUGGCAGAGAGAUUCCGCCCGAAGCUGAAGCCCGGGUCUCAGAGAUCUUGGGCCGCUGAGCCUUCGUUAAUCGCCGGUGAAGAAAAUGGUUUGCUUUGAAUUUCACGUUUUGUCCGAAACUGCUGGCUUGUGUUGAUAUAAAUAUCUCUCUGCUUCAUGUGCUUUUCUGGUGUGCUAUUUUGAGACUUAAAAAAGUUCUUCAGACCUAAUGGUCCAUUUUUGUAUGUCUUGCCCAUUCUACCCAAGGUUGUCAUUUUCUCAAUUAGUUUGUAAAGUUAGUGUUAUUUGAUUAAUUUCUAACAACAUCUAUUUAAUUUUCUAUUCUUUUCA